AUGGACAUCAAGCAUAAUGAAAAUGAAGAAAUUACGAACUUUUGGAAUGUUUAUGACGUGGAUUUAGUGCAUCAAAAAAUUUCGCAGUUCCUUACCUCGUAUAUCUACGAGUUAAUUUCGAAAGCCGAUCAGGAUGGUAGAAAUAAUCCGGAUAUAGCUUCAAGAAUCUGCUAUAAUUUUGCAUCAUCGAAUAAUUGUCAAAAUCCAAAUUGUCGAAUGUAUCACAUAGUUCCAACACCAUUACUUUUAUUCCAGCGCCUGAAACUUGCGAGACUCCAAUAUACAGUGGUGCGACAGUUGGAUGUAUUAUGCCGUUAUGAGCUUCAUAAUGAAGAGAUAAAUAAUUCACAAAAGUGGUGGGCUGAAACUCUGGUUAAAUGUCAUAUGUGUUAUCAAUCACCUCAGACAAGCUGUCCAGAAGUUACUCGUAUGGUUCUGAACAAACUUUCUGUCCACAUCCGUGAUGAUCUUAUCAAUGACGUUUACAAGAUAUGGUUAUUUAAUGUGUCCAAGGAUGCCGAUAACUUUGAAGUAAUGUUAAAACGCUUGUUUGUUAUUCAGCAGCUUCAGGACAAAAAGAUCAUUGAUGAAUUUUAUCAGGAGAUGUCGAAAACAAAAAUUCUUUCACACCCUAGCUAUCUGCCCGUAGGUUUUGAAUAUUAUUGUGGAAUUUAUCAAAUGAUCCCGGUUGGAAGGCAUCUCGCGCUAUUUUUCUCAUUUCUUCACACUAAUAAAGUGAUCCACGCGAUUACAAGCUCAGGGGCGUUUAUUAAUUAUGCUAUAAAAAAUAUUGAAAAGGUCAAUCUGGCAUCAUCUGAUGCUCUUGGUGAACUUGCGUUUCUCAUGGAAUUUACGACAUCUUUGAUUUUUGCAGUUGGUCAAGAGUAUUGCGAUUUUUGCCUUCCUCGAUCUUAUCUGAUAAAUUACUUUGAUGUAUUCACCGUGAAUCCUCUCAUUCCGGGACGAACUAUUUAUAGCAGAAAAAAUUAUUUAUCUGUAAUCAAUAAUUCCAUUGAUCAAGUUCAACAGCUUCUGGACUUACUUUUUUGCAAGGAAGAGAUUUACUUGCCGAUUAUCCUUCGACUAUUACGACUUUUGGUCCUUAUCAACCUAAAUGAAACCACUUUUACGCAAAAGAUUCUUAAUCUCUUCAAACACUUUUUCAGCAAAAACAAAAUCUUUUCUAUAAAAAUCAAAACAUACCUAGAAGAGAAUCGUUUGGUACGCCUUGUGGCCGUUCUGCAUAAUGAUCUCCGGGAGAUGCGCUGUGACUCCUUGGUUAUCGUUCGUUACCAAAGUAAUAGCAUAUCGAAAUUCGCUUACUUUGAAAAAUAUGAUGGUAUCAAAAACCUCACAUACAAUUCUAUUGGGAAAUUUCGUUCUUCCCUUCGGAAAAUCAUAUCCUCCGCUACCGGCAUCCCAGUAGAUCAACUCAUUUGA